AUGGUUCUUAUAACUUCGUUAGACUACAUAUGUGUGCAAUGGCAGAGCAAGAAUACUCAGAUGAAGGAUCAGAGUUUAAGUCAAACAUCUCCCACAACACCUCGGAGAAUGCCUUUGGGAAGAAACCUAAACGCUCAAGAUUUUCCACCCAUUAUAGAAGCUCCUACGACAGAAGAGUUUCUAGAAGAAAUCCAGGGAGCUACCUUACGUUACGUUAAUGUGGAGGACCCGAAUGAAAGUGCAGCUAGAAGGCUGCGAGUACUCCAAAGUGAGAUGGAUGGAACAGUAGAGGAAACAGUGGGUCGAAUUACUCAAGGGACAGCGACCGAUAUAAACACUCCUCCACCAAUCCCUACAGCAGAGCAAGUCCUGGAUGAUAUACAAAAAGCUACCCUGCAAUACACCAAUGUAGCAGAUCCAAUAGAAAGGGCAGCUAGGAUGCAGCGAGUACUACAAAGCGAAAUAGAUGGCUCUGUUGAGGAAACGGUGGCUGGGAUUAUUCAGGCCUCCUCGGAGGCUCAUAACCUACACUCAAUUACCUCAGUUCCAGUUCCUCAAAUCACAACGACUGCUACAAGGAGUAGCACUCAGGGACAACCUAGUCGAAGAAGAGGACGCCCUGCAAGAUCACAAGACAUAAGGAUCAGUCCAAAAGUUUUUAAGGGAUCAUCGUCGUGGAAACACUACUAG